AUUAUCACCAAAAUCUGAAUUUUCACUUGAAAAAAUUAAUACAAAUAAUAAUGAUCCAAAUAAUCCUUGGAAUUUAGCUCCUAGUUAUAGUAUGGAAAUAUAAACUCCAAUCCAUUUAUGAUUCAAACACCUGAUAAAAAUACAAAUAUGUUUACAGAUAUUAGAACUUCCUUAUUUGCUAUGGUUUUACUUUUAGCAGGUGAUUUAAGUGCAUUGUCCAAUUGGUCAUAUAUAGACAAUCCAUCAGUUACAAUAUUGAUUGUUUUAUUUUCCAUCUUAAUUGCUAUGUAUCUUAUGAACUUAUUAAUUGGAAUGCUCAAUAUAGCAAUUAACGAAGAAGAUAAUAGAGUCUCAUAUUUGAUAUGGAAGGCAGAAAUUUUGGCUGAGAUUGAGUUAUUUUACCUAUUACCAAAUCAGAGACGUUGGAAAACAUGGUUUCCUGAAGUAAUACAUUAUUAUGCUGAUGUUGAAAAGACUCGAACAGAAAUUAAAAGAUUGAUUAAAGAGGGUGAAUGGGAUAAUAAGAAAUUCAUGCAAGAAAAACUAUUAGAGAAACUUCAUAUUGAAAAUAAUCUUAAUGACAAUAAGGUAAUAUUAGAGAAAGUAAAAUCUAAUGAUGAGUUAGAGAAAUUAGAAGAGAAAUUAGAGAAAUUAGACAAUUAAUUUUAUAUUAGUUUUAUAA